CCAAUGGUGGUUGCUUUCAUUCGGUUGGAUUGUUUGCUAGAGGCAGCAUGUUCUGCUCAAAAAGUGUGAUAUUCGGUUCUUAUCCAGAGUAGACAGAGUGUCAGUGAAUACAAGUGGAUGGUACGACGGUUAAUCGGUGAACUUGAAGAGCUGAAUGUUUAAUGAAAGUUUAACCUGAGGAUAUUGUUACAGCAUCGUCGCACGGAUUCUUUGAGCAAGACAUUUUUGUAGUUACAUUAAAAUCCAAUCGUUUUUCUUUGUAGCUAAGUGUUCCUGACUUUUUAAGUAGCUCAAAAACUCAGUAAAAAAAUCCGAUCAGCUACCUAUCAAAAAAAAAAAUGAAUGCCAACAACAUAGGAACACUCAUUCUAGUGAUUUUGGACGCCCAUUUUAUUUAUACAGAACCGAAUAUCCGUGAAAAACGAGGAAUUAGGUACAGCGAAAACGUAGCUAAUUAUUAUUCGGAUUUUAAUCAACCCGAUAAUGCAAUAACAACUGUGUUACCGUCACUGGACUCAGAUGGUACAUCAAACGUAGUCAACGAUGUACACGAUGAUGAUGCACCAGUUUCGCAUUGGAUCGAUGACGGAAUCCAUUAUUUUCGAGAUUCAACACAUAACAGAAUCAAAACGUUUUCCAAUCCUAUACCAGAAGAGAAGCAGGAAAUUUCCUGGUAUAAUGAUGAUGUCCAUGAUCAUUUUUUGGAUAUUCGUGGGAAAAAGUUUUUCUCGUUCUACCCAUUGAGAUUGUAUCCAAAGCGAGCUCCUUCCGGUUUUCUUGGUUUGAGAGGUAAAAAAUACUACUUUAAUGGUGUGAAGCGUGUGCCUUCAGGGUUUACAGGAAUGCGAGGUAAAAAAUCGGAAUACGACGUCGAUGAUAACCCAAGCGAAUUUGAUCUGACAAAUGACUCCAGUCCUUAUGAACUUCUACAGAAAGAGAGGAAAAUGCUUGAUGAGUUGAAUGAAAUCUAUCAAAUUGAUCGAGAAAUGAAAAACAACCCUGCGUUUUCCAUGGAAAUUGCACAUCAAAAUGCCGAAAAACGGGCACCAUCAGGCUUCCUUGGAAUGCGCGGGAAAAAAGGAACUGAUGUUAUAAAUGGAUAUUCUGGUGUUAAGCGUGCUCCAUCUGGAUUUCUUGGGCUACGCGGUAAAAGGGACAGCAUAGAUGGAUAUAACGAAAGACGCAAACGGGGUCCAUUUACUAGUUAUCUAGGAAUGCGUGGGAAGGAAGAACCAUUGGUACCUGAAAGAUAUCCGCUCUACAGUCAACAAGACACACUGAACUGGCCCCUCAAUGAAUUGCGAAUGGAAAUCAAUCGGACGCCACCAAAGCGUGUGCCCAACGGAUUUCUGGGAGUGCGUGGAAAAAAAAUGACAGAUACAAUAUAUGAUGAAUGAAACAUUUUAAACAUCCUUCACAAGGCAAAGCAAGUAUCUCCAGUAAACUACAAAUCAUCUCAAUGAAUGCCAAACUUAGUGUACUAUAGCAUUUCAAUUGAAAUUAUGUAUUUUGUUAUGAUUUUUUAUUGGCCUCCAAUAUUAUGAUUUAUAUGUCUAUUCAGCUGCUAUGAAAAUUCUAAAUAGAAUUAUAAACUUGCAUAUUCAGAAGAUAGAUUGGUUACAUAACUUUUAUUAAAUGAUAAACACUGUUUGCUUAUUAAUGCUUAUGUUUAUGUCAUGGAUAAAAUAGUUAACUAUUAAGUCUGUACUAACAACUACUAUGUUGUUUCACCAUUUUUAGUAUGACAAAAAUCACGAAACUACUUGAUGGCUGGAAAAACGUAUCCUUUUGAACGUCACCUUCGUUCCAGUGCGUUCGUUUUAGAAACUUUCAGUGUUAUAGCAACGGAAUGGCAGAAUACAGACUUAAUGAUUAAUUUCUCAAUUUAUUCGAACAAAUUGGUGUCGUGUCAGCACUAUACUAGCUAAUUAAACGUUUUUUCAGGGAAAAUUGUGAAAUUCAAAUCUUUCAAUGUCUCAUUUAAACUCAAUCGAUCGAGUAUAGUAGGUAUUAGCUAAAUUAUCACCAUCUGUAUAUGUGAUUGUAACAUUUAGAAAAUGAUUAUUAUGACAUUUAGACAACAGAAAAAUAAUAUUGAAUUUUAUUGAUUGGGAACAUAUCAUCUGAGAUUGUAGAACACUAAUAGUAACACAAACUAUGUGUAAUGCACUAUACACUAUAAAAUAAAAAUAAACUUAAGAAGCAAUG